AUGGCAACAGGCAGAGCUAAGCAACCUUGUGUUAAAUGUGAUAAAGGUCCUGGUAUUGCCAUAUGUGGAGGAUGUGAGGAAUGGUUCUGUCGGAAGCAUUUCAUGCAACAUCGAGAUGGUCUUGGUGAAGAGAUGGAUCGUGUCGGCCAGCAACAUGAUUUGCUACACAAACAACUAGCUGAAGAUAAUGUUAUGCAUGCAUUCCAUUUACGUAUCAAUGAAUGGGAAAAUGCAUCAAUUAACAAAAUUCGAAAAGUGGCCGGAAAAGCUAGAACGGAUCUCGAAAAAUAUUUAAAUAAUACAAAAACUGAAUUAAAAAAUUCCCUUGGAAAAAUAAGAGUCGAACUAGCGACAAGUCGUGAGUCAGACGAUUAUACAGAAAUAGAGUUGACAAAUUGGGCUGAGAAUCUGAAAAAGCUGCGACAACUACUUGAAAACCCACCGAGUAUUGGCAUUCUUGAAAGUGAUCAAUCUUUAGCAGUCAUUCGUGUCGGUCCACCGAAAAGUAUGUAA